AUGGGGACCGCAGCCGAGAAGGUAAGGAAAAUAACUUCUCACAAUUUGUUUUAUCUUUAUAUUUUGUUUUAUCUGGGGAGUGGGGUGGGGGGGGUGCAUCCAACUCCUCCCUGGAUCUGAAUAGUCUGAAAAUGCCCAUGUUCAAACAACUUUUGGAAUGUAUGUCUGAUGUAGUAGCAGGCAUGGUUUUGCUUCGGGGAGAGUUUUAAUGAAGCAACUGGUUCCUGCUCUGUGAGAUAAAUGUGUGCCUCUGCACCAUUUGAUUCUGAAUGGUACAAGCAUGGGAUUUGGUUUGAAAUGAAAGGAACUGUUUAAAACUAAUACACAUUUAUUAGAUUUAUUAACAAUGGCAGCAGGGGGUUUAUUAACAACAUGUUGUUUUUAAAAAGUAUAUGAAAAGGAAGACAAUUUGACAGUUCAAGAGCUACAGGAAAAAAAUAACAAAAAGUCUCGUGGCACCUUAAAGACAACCAAAUUUUAUGUCAUAAGCUUUUGUCACUGGCUGUACUUUUGCAUUUCAAGGCCAUUUAGCUUUGACAUUUCUCUCUCUCCGUCAGUCUUUCUCUACCCAUUUAGAGAAGAUAUACAAGUGGGGAUCACAUGUGCUCAUGUUAGGGAUGUGCAGAACCUACUUGCGGAAUUCUGUUGGCAGUUUAGUUUCUCAAUUCUAGCAGAAAUUAUGGUUGCCAGUUUGACACAUUUUGGAUGCACACCAUUUCAUUCAUUAUCAAGAUGAAAGAUCUAUCUAGUCCAGCAUCUUGUAAUCGCAGUGGCAAGUCAUACCCUAGAUCUAAGGUCAUAUAUUUUUAUUUAUUUUAUUUAUUAAAUUUGUAUAGUGCCUUAGACCCGCAGGUCUCAGAGUAGUCACAAGAUAAAAUCACAAUAUAAAAACACAAAAUACAUAAUGAAAACAAAAAGAACCCAAUUAACGCCCCCAUCCUAUCCAUCCAGCCAUCAUACUAUCAUUUUACUUGUAUGCUGGCUUUCUGUAGUUAAAACCACACUGAAGGUGGCUGUUAACAUGAAAAAGUUGCAAACAUAGCAAAAGCAGUCAAACAGAAAAUCAGGAUAUGAAUUCAAAAGUAAUACGGUUCCAUCUUAAUUAGCCUAAAAACAAAUUAUUUUAAUGCUAGCAGUAAGUGCACCAGGAUGCUAAUAAAAUGGAAAAUGGUGUAACUACCAGCAGCAAGACAUGUCGGGAGCAGCCUGCGUGUUGAUUGCUGUUUUGCAGAUCAGACAUUAGGUACAGAAGAUAACACUUGGGGAAGAGGUCAGGGAGGACACUGACAACGAAGAAUGUGGAUGAGAUAGGAAGUAUUUUUGAAUCUUCUUUGAAUUGAUGCAUACCUGCCCCAUGCUCUGAAUCCUCAUGUGCACAUGUGUACUGCUAGUCAUCACCAUAUAGAAAGACUUCCAAGAACAUAUGUGCUGAACAGAGAAUACUGGCAGUACUGAGCACCCUUCUGGUUGGUGUGGGUAUCUCUUGGAUUCCAAACUCCCCUCCCAUCCAGUUACGGGAAUGUCAGGGCUGAUCAUUGGCAAUGCUGAAUGAGGGAAUCGAUGUAAUAUAACAGGGAUCGCCAUGCACACAAGCCUGGAUGUUGGGUCGUGUGCUUAUUUCCACUGGGAACAUUGUCUGUGUGUUGCAAGGUGUUUGUGUUGGAAGGAGGCUUCCUUACAUAAGUCACCCUUGCUGGAUCAGGCAAAUGUGGAUUAAAGGUGCUUAUCAGAGUUACCUUGGCAUCCUCAGUUGGGAGUCCUUUACGGAACUAAAGAAUAGGACAUGCCAUUGCAGCAAUAAUAACAGCAACAGCAACAACUCUUUAAAGCCCUAGAAGGCCUGGCCACCCCCAUCGUUCAGCCCAGACACUGAGGUCCAGCUCCAAGGGCCUUCUGGCGGUUCCCUCACUGCAAGAAGUGAGGUUACAGGGAACCAGGCAAAGGGCCUUCUCGGUAGUGGUGCCCACCCUGUGGAACGCCCUCCCAUCAGAUGUGAAGGAAAUAAACAACUAUCUGAAGACAUCUGAAGGCAGACCAGUUUAGGGAAAUUUUUAAUAUUUGGUAUUAUAUUGUUUUUUCAGUAUUCUGUUGGGAGCUGCCCAGAGUGGCUGGGGAAACCCAGCCAGAUGGGUGGGGUAUAAAUAAAUUAUUAUUAUUAUUAUUAUUAUUAUUAUUAUUAUUAUUAUUUAUUACUAUUAUUAUUAGCAGUGUCAGCAUUUGAGUCCCUGUUCUCUUCUUUUGAGACACAGCAGCUGGGUUUAUAGCGUUGGAGCUACAGCACACUAAUGAGUAGUUACCUAGAAAAGACUUCAUGAUCUAUUUGGGUGUGUACAGAUGUUCCUUUAAACACCUCCCCCCUUUCAGGUGAGCCCAACAGCUCUCUCCUUCGCACUGAAUCCCACAAAUAGACCCACCAGCAAUUCAAAACCCCCACCCUACCCCUAAUGCUUCAGGCAAACUGUUUCAUGUUAAUGCACUGCAUGGAUACUUUAUAAUGUUCAUUUGUUGCUUGCUCAUUUCUUGCAACCACGUUGCAAAACGGAUUUGGGUGGGCAGAAUUGGGGAAAGCAGGCUUGGGAUGCUGCAGUCACAUGUGGACCAGCACUGCUGCUGUAAAGCUAUCGGAAGUGAUAUCCACAGAGCCUGGCCCUGGAGGAGGUGAGGUCCCAUAAGCAUAUUUCCUGAUCAAACGAACACACAUUUGGAUGCCCUUAAUAUCUGUGAAUAUCCCAGACAGAGUUGUUGUCCAAAGAGACAUGGAUUGCAUUCAGGCCAAGCCCUUCCCCCGCAUUAGUCAUUUGCUGUAGGAACAGUGCCUUAAUAUAUAUUUUAAAUAUACGAUUCAAGCCAUUGGAGACAUGGACGGAGUUAAUUGCAUGCUUGCUUGCUCCAAAGGGUUUAUUAGCAACGCUUUCCUCCACUGCUCCUUGACCCAACGCACACCACGUUCAGCAUUAUGCCUUGUCACAAAGAAACAAGUGCCCAGUAGUCAGAGACACUUAAGCUUGCGUUUGCCAGUAACUGAAAGAAGUGUGGUUUUGUUGUUGAGAAAGUCGGUUACUAAAGCAGGCUUCCCUCUUUGCAAAGGAAGUGGGCACUUCGCCCUCUGUUUCCUGAAGCAUCUCUGCAAGAGGAUCAACCCUGUACUUUUAUGAGCAGAGGGUGCAGGAUGCUGUGGCUCAGCAGCCAUUCAGAGUAUGUACUAGGGAGGGAAUACUGACAGGAGAAGCUAUGUAGGAGCAGACUGGAUAGCAGUGGGAGACAGGAAGAACUGGGAAGCAAAAGCAUCUGCAGGCCACACUCUCCCCUCUUUUAGCCACUGGGCGUGGGAAGGACAUGAAAAAAAGAAAACACGUUAAGGAAAGAAACGUAUUUUUGUGUUUUGAUUUUGUUGUUGCAAACACAUAGCUGAAGAGUUAACAUAACUGGGGUGACUAGAGCUUACUGUAAAACACAUUUGCAUAGUGCUGUUAUUACCAAAGCUUAAUUGUAUAACAAUAACACACGCAGACGGAUGAUGCCUCUAGACAUCUUUGCUGCCAGAGUUAUCUGGCUUUUCAGAAAACACAGCUAAUUUAAAACACGGCGUCUCACUUUGUGCCUCAGCAAACUUGGUAGUAUGGUAUUCCUGCUGCCAAGACCAGCCUGCCCUUGCGCAAUGCUCAGGCAAUUGUGUUUAGGUGGCAUGGAAGGGCAGCAAAUAGUUCCUUAUAUAAUUAAUUAUUGUUUCAUUUUUACUCACGAGAGAUGCACCUGUAGGAUUUUCUGCCUUGGGUCCCAAAAGAACUUGGGUGCUAUGUACCUUGGCUUGUGUGUGUAGAGGGGAGGGGCAGACAGGGAGCCAGUUAACCCUUUGCUUUGGGCUGCAAAAUGUUUUGCCAGCCCCGGCUCCUGUUCAGGGUGCCAGCUAGCCAACCAGCCUCUUCCAGGGAUAUUUCUUUCCAACCCCAACCCCCGCUUCUUUCUGUUUUCUUCGCCAAAGUCAGCCAGCAUUUUUGGCCACUUAACAUGCUCAGUCUUUCUGGCCUGUUUUUGAGUGCCCCAUUUUAUUUUAUUUUUCUCCCCUCAAGGCUGCCAGUUCCUCUCUCUUGUGCAUGGAUAGGGGCAUCUGGAACAGCUUGCUGAGUGGUGCUGGAGCUGCAGCAAUAUAAGCUCCUGAUUACCGUGUGUGUCUCUCUCUGUGUGUGUAUCUGUGUUGAGGGUGGCAGUGACAGGGAGGUUGGGCUUGUGUGGGUAUACUAACAGGACCACUGUGCAGAGUCUGCACCCCCCCAACCUCACUGCUGCUUUGAUCUUUCUUCAUGUAAUGUUGUUAUGGACCAUGUUGAGGGCUUGUAGAAUAUUCAUUUCAUGACGAUGAUGAAAAUUGUUGUUAGCAGUAAGCCCAAGCUUGUUCAGAAAGCUCCUGGCUUGGUUGAAAUUGCUUAUUCCUGAUCAAUUGCUAAAUAAUAGCUAUGGUGUAGUGCAGGCAUCCCCAAACUCGGCCCUCCAGCUGUUUUGGGACUACAAUUCCAUCAUCCCUGACCACUGGUCCUGUUAGCUAGGGAUGAUGGGAGCUGUAGUCCCAAAACAGCUGGAGGGCUGAGUUUGGGGAUGCCUAGUGUAGAGUGCCAGAUUAGGACCUGGGAGACCAGGGUUCGAUCCCCACUUGGCCAUGAAGCUCCCUGGGUGAGCUUGGGCCGGUCAUUGGCUCCCAGACUAACCCAUCUCACAGGGGUGUUGUGUGGAUUAAAAGAGGACAGAGGGGUGUAAAGAACCAUGUGCACCAUCCUGAGCUUUUGGAGGAAAAGUUGGGAUAUAAAUGCAGUUAACAAAAAAAUGGCUGCUCCACAAAAUAGUCUAUAACAAGAUUCUACUCAUCAAUUUGCUAUGUAUUCAAACUAGCCCCUAGUUAUCAGAAGCAGAAUAAAAUGUGUUUAUUAGACAAUGGCAAUCCUCUCUUGCAUCAUCAGCGUAGCUGCUCUUUUAGUAUAGAUAUCUUUAUAUCUGGAACCUGACUUUUUCAGUUUUAAAAUCUUGGUCCUUCAAAAAGAAUUUGCUCAUUCAUGAAUAUUAGCGAAAGUACCUGCAGCCAGAAGAAAGGAUUAGUAAUUUGGGGUUUUUUCUUAACUGCCAAGUUGUCUCAUUUCCUGUUUCAGAGAUCUGUGCCAGAGACUAAAAAAAUACAUUGGUAAAUGGGAGCAACCUGAAGCUUCAAAAAGUAGCCUUCCAUAGUGGAAAAACUUCUAUAGCAUAUUGGGGGUGGGGGAGGAAGGGUGUUCAUGUUUAAAAAUGAACUUGGAGCCCUUCAGUACCAGUACUUAUUGCCCCUGCUGGUUCAACUCCUCCAGAACCCUAAAACUAAGCAGAAUAAUCUAGUUGUGCUGACUGUCAUUCAAGUCUAGAAAAACAGUCAUAAUGAAUAAAGAGCACUGCUUAGCUGAGGCACUAAAUAUUUUUAAGGUAUAUUGAUGCAAAUGGUAGACAUUUUAAAAAUGAGGUUGGUUUUAAACAUUAAAAUCAAUGGGCAUUAAUAGGCUUUAACUUUGCCAAAAGAGACUCAACAUUUUUAAUUGGAUUCUGCACAUCCUACUGGUUCUUAGUGCUGUUUACAGUAUUAAAAUGCAACUUUGCCUUUUUAGUGUGUAAGGAAGUUGCCCAGUUGCCCAGUGGUGGGAUGCAUGAUUUGUAUGUAAAAGGUCCCAGGUUCAGUUACUGGCAUUGCCAAUUAAACAGUUAGGUAGCAGGUGAUGUGAAAGUCUUCUGCAGGAGGCUCUGAAGAAUUGCUGCUUGACAGAGUGGAUAAGGCUGGGGUCAAAAGACCAAUGAUCAGACAUAGGAAAUCAGACAGCAGCUGUAAUAUUACCAAUAGUAAUAAGAGUAAAGUCCAAUAACCAGAAUUCUGGAUGAAGAAGGCGGUGAAGUAGACUAGAGAUCAGUUAAUAAUCAGCUCAUAAGAACUCACCAGUAUGCUAUUAAUUAUUGGAGGCAAGAAAUAAGACACAAGUCUGGGAAGAGAAAUCUUGAGAGCUUCAGAAUGUGGAAAGAUGUGCCAUGUUUGCUAAGAGGGAACUUGAAAUGAGGUUUCCUAAGAUUGCUCAACAGACAGCAUGUAUAAGGAAGUGAGGGUAGCAGCAGAGUAUAUGCAAAUGAAAAUAUGCAAGAAAUAGAAGCAUGUAGAUGACUGUGCAAAGUAAUAACAUAAUUGCCUGGAGCAGCUCAUUAGAGUUAUAAAUGGUGAUUAAAUGAGGGCAAGUAACUAGUGUGGUGUGAUCAACUGAAAUUCUUCAGACUAAGAACCAGACCCUGCUGUAAAGCCUUAUAUAAGCACUAUGUAUAUAUCUGUCUAACUUCAAGACGUCACAAGUAAGCCUCUUUCCCAUCAGAUCGAGCCUUUUUGUGCUUUGUGUUUCCAAUAAUUCUGCUUUUGUCUGAAUUUUGGAAUUUACAUCAAAAUCUUGACUUUGAAAUGCUGAAGGGCUCUUAAAAUGUAACUCAACUUUUGGAUAAAUUUCAAAACAAUAAGAUGAAGACUUAAAUGUUGCCAUUUUGACUCCAGCGUUCAUAAUUUGAAUAGCUGGGAACCAUUUCAAAUAAAAGAAUGGAAUGCUGAUUUUUUUAAAAAAAUGAAUCAGAACUAUGUUUUGUGGCAGCAGAUUCCAUAGCCUAAAUGUGUGUUGUUGGAAGAAGUGCUUCCCUUUGACUCUCAUUGGAUUGUCCUGGGGUUCUGAAACAGGAUACUGUCAUAGGAAAGCUAGAGAAAUUUCUGUAUGAAGAAAAAUUGGGAGGUCAAAGGGUAUUUCAGUUAAAGACAAGGUGAACUAUUCCAUUCAAUUGUUUAGGUGUUUGCAAGGAAUCAACUCAAGAUCUAAAGCUAGGCAUUCAGGCCCUGCCAACCCAGCACCAACAUAGAGUGAGGGAUCUACUUUGUUUUUCUUUCUACCAACCAGAGAGUCAGAUUCAUAAGACAUACAGUUAGAAUCAGAGUGCAGGGUGCCUCUGAGCAGAUUUUGAGCCUAUCAAUGUGAAUCGAGUUCACAUUCCUUCCACCCCCCAAAAAUCCACUCUGGAUUAGAAAGAAAGCUUCAUUGCAGCAGCAAAAUUUAGGUGGAAAGUUCUUUAUUGUUGCUGUUGUAAAAGAAUUGGGAGUCAAAAACCAUUGUCAAACUACUAUAAACCACCAAGAGACCGCCCAGUAGAUCUUGGCCUACCUUCUUCCUAUCCCUGCUCUAGAAACUGGGACUGGCUAAAUUCCACUUCGGCUAAAUUCUGGAUCCUGAACUGAAUUAGACUGAUUCAGGGCUUGUCUUACACUUCUGUUUGUCCUGUGUCUAGAAAGCAUGUGUCUGAGCAGUUGUCCCUUUGCCCCACUCCUUUCCCAGCGAAAACCCACUCUUUAGUGCUAAAUCAGAGCAAAAGUCAAUCCAGAGAAUUUGAAUUGCAAUUUUGCUCUAACUGAGCGCUAGUGAGUGGUUUUCCCUGGGCGAACGCAGCUGGACAAAAGAAAGUGUGGAGGAGCCUUCAGUUCAACCCAUGAUUUUGCUGUAAAUGGCCACUGAUAUGGCUUGGGUCACCUCAGUUCUGAAUUGUCUCAAGUUGGAUCAGGGCCACUCCAAAGUUCCUGAAUUGUAUCAGGAAGGGACACCCCCCCACUAGAAACCCUGUCCCAAGCCAGCAAACCUAGUUGCCUAUUUGUGCUGAAACUCACCACAAACACCUCCAUCAUUCUCUUAGAGUGACAAUGAUGCCCACCUGAGAGGUGUUGGAACUAAGUCCUGGUGAGUUCCUGCUGAAAAAAUAGCUCUGCCUAGAUCCAAUAUCUGAGUUUCACCAUUAUGAAUGCCAAUGAAAUCUAGGGAUUUCUUGCAUAACUCCAACUCUCUUUCAACUUUAUCCUGAAGAAGAUAUUGCAGCACUUUUUGCCCAUGGACAUGAUUGAACUUAAAGAAGGAACACAAACAGAUUGUUCUUAGAGUAUGCUUUUCUCUCACCCACCCACCACCUCUUAAAGUAAUGUGUUUGUAAUUACACAACUGCAAAUACAUGUAAAUGAAGCCAUGCAGCAGAGCCACAAUCCAUAAUUUCUUUUUAAUGAAAUCUCAUCCAGAAACACUGGUCAGACUGUCGGUCAUCUUUGUAUUGCACAAACUGUUUAUUUGGAAGAUGUGUGUGGGCAGGUUGAUGUCAGAAGGUAUGAAGGUCACAGACAGUCUGGAACCAGGCUGUCUGGAUAAGAACAUAAGAAUAAUCCUGCUGGAUCUGGCCAGUAGCCCAUCUAGUCCACCAUCCUGUAGGCUAUAUCUAUUAGGUCCGUAAACUACCAUAUAGCGUAUGUUGUUGUUGUUGUUUAGCCGUUUAGUCGUGUCCGACUCUUCGUGACCCCAUGGACCAAAGCACGCCAGUCACUUCUGUCUUCCACUGCCUCAUGCUGGUAGCUUCGAGAACACUAUCCAACCAUCUCGUCCUCUGUCGUCCCCUUCUCCUUGUGCCCUCCAUCUUUCCCAACAUCAGGGUCUUUUCCAGGGAGUCUUCUCUUCUCAUGAGGUGGCCAAAGUAUUGGAGCCUCAGCUUCAGGAUCUGUCCUUCCAGUGAGCACUUAGGGCUGAUUUCCUUCAGAAUGGAUAGGUUUGAUCUUCUUACAGUCCAUGGGACUCUCAAGAGUUUCCUCCAGCACCGUAAUUCAAAAGCACCAAUUCUUUGGUGAUCAGCCUUCUUUAUGGUCCAGCUUUCACUUCCAUAUAGUGUAUAUUCAACACAAAAAACAGCAAUGAUUUGUUGUUGACAAAAGACAGCUGGACAUAUAAAGGGCCCCAUUACCUUCAGUAGCUUAGAGCCUCAUCAAAUCUAAAUCCGGCCCUGGAAAGGACUCUUGCCCAGAUUGAGAAAUGGUUCCUCACCCAAGGUCACACCAUACGCUUCAUGGCUGAUGGCAGCCUGAGUCUCCCAGGUCCUAGUCUGACAUGUUAACCCCCACACCACAUGGGCUCUCAACUCUGGCAGUCUUUAUACUUCUCUGUUGGUACCACAUUGGUCCACUAGCCUCUUUUACAAUCCUAGGUCAGGAUGAUUAUGAGCCCAGCUGUAAUGGCCUCUAGUCCCCUCCUCUGAUUAGCAGCUUCAGUGGAACCCAUGUCACAUUCACAGGGCUCCCAGUCAGUGCUUGCUUGCUGCAUGUUCUUUUGGUGGUGGGGAAGCUUGGCCAAAACACCUCAAUACUCCCUUCUCUCUGUGAGACUAUCUCCUCACUCUCAUUGUUGCCACCUGCUGUUCCUCAUCACUGUUACACCUGCUUGGCCUUUUCAGAUGAGGAAGCAGGCAGUAGCUGCUACAUUUCCUCCUCAGCAUCAAUACUGUUAUUUGUUUGUCAUAGUGAGAGGCAUGGUUGCCAUGGUGAAGAGUAGGUCCCGGUCCAGGCUUUCACUGGCCCCUUGUCAGUGGGCCUCCUGUGGGGUGUCCCCACCCUUAGUGUGUGCCUUACUAUGCCAGCCAUUGACAAUGGCCCUUAGCCCAUUCUCAUCUCAAGCCUUGAAGCCAUUGACAGGCAAACACGCUCUCUGUUCAUGCAGAGACAACAUGGAGGCAUUCAUAAGGGACAUAGUAAGAUAAACUAUUUCACUUUGACUUGUCUGCUGAGACAUUCCUGGGUGUUACAUACAAAGGAUUUUGGCUAAUGUUCUAGAGAGCACAUUUUUUUCAAGCAAGGUAUGUGUCCUAGGCUCACCCUUGUCAUGUUUCUGCAUUAAUCAAGUAGGGCUAUUCGUUUUUUUGGGAGGGAACUCCAGUCAGAGCCAACUGGGACACUCUAACAGCCCAGAACACUCUUGGUCAGGUGGCACCACAGGACCCAUCCAAUACCCCAAACGUUUCUUUUUUUUAAAAAAAAACUUUUUAUUGAUUUUCUAUGCCAAACAACAACAACAAAAAUAAAAAUACACAAAACACACCAAUGAAAAAAAAAAGAAAAACAUCAGCCAAAACAGAAAAUAUAAACAAACCAGAAGACAAACAUCGGUUAACACAAAUAAUAGUUGACUUCCCUCCAUCUCGGUUUUGGGUUAUGUAAAGUAAUAAUUCCAAUACCCCAAAUGUUUCUAAUAUACUUCCUUCUCUCUGUCUGAGUCACAUAUCACUGAGACUGAUCAACAGAGUGGACCGCUGUGCUUCCAGACUACUGAUCUAGCCUUCUCAUCUACGGCCUGCAUUCUCUUGGGCCUGAACACUUAACAACUCCUUGUGGCUCUGCAUUGCAGUGGUGGGCAAGAUCACAUCUGCCUUUAAGGGAAGUUUGUUCACCAUUACUCAUCAUCUGCUCACUAAUCAGAAGUUUCUAAGGUUUCCAAGGGAAGUGUCCAGCAGUGUUAGGGAAAUGGGAAUGGGAUGAGAAAGGGAGAAGCAGAAGCUUUGGCGGGGCCCGAUGGGCAAUGUUUGUGGCUUUGGGUGAUCUCUGUCAUGUGGGAAUAAAUCCAGAAUUCUUACUAAUUUUUUAUUCAUGUGAAGUUCACUGGCUUUUCUUCCAUUGCAGAAACAACUGUUUCCAGUUUCCAUGGUGUCUGUCAGAAUUAUAAAAGCCAAUAUCAUCCCCUCAGGAAUUUCAUGUAAGUUUUGUGCAUCCUUCAUUGCCCCACUGGGCUCAACUCUGCAGCAAGAUUAUUGGAUAAAAUAGCAAUGUAGGAAUAAGGAAUCUUGGAUUGGAUUAAAUAACAAAAGAUCUGAAAGAGCACAGGUGGCGCUGUGGGUUAAACCACAGAGCCUAGGACUUGCCGAUCAGAAGGUCGGCGGUUCAAAUCCCUGUGACGGGGUGAGCUCCCGUUGUUUGGUCCCAGCUCCUGCCAACCUAGCAGUUUGAAAGCACGUCAAAGUGCAAGUAGAUCAAUAGGAACCGCUCCAGCGGGAAGGUAAACGGCGUUUCCGUGCGCUGCUCUGGUUCACCAGAAGCGACUUAGUCAUGCUGGCCACAUGACCCGGAAGCUGUCUGCGGACAAACGCCGGCUCCCUCGGCCCAUAGAGCGAGAUGAGCGCCGCAACCCCAGAGUCGGUCACGACUGGACCUAAUGGUCAGGGGUCCCUUUACCUUUUUAAGAGAAUUGGUAUCCAGUUCUUAAACAUUACUGAACAUGUCCCCAGUGUUUUAGGUGGAACAGAAUUCACAUCCAUGCAUACAUUCAAUCUUGUAAGAGCCUCUUUCCCAUGGUAUGAUCCUGCACCCCUACAAACUUUCAUAGGCACUGCCAGUGGGACUCUCUUGCCAAAAAAUAGUCUGUCACCCCUAAAUGCUGGAUUCCUGUCAUCACUGGAGGUAAGGGAAUUUUUCACACACUCAGCUCACUUUUCUUAAUUAUCAUGAUUCAGUUUAUCCCCUUAAGUAAUUUUGGUAUGCUUAAUUGAAAAUUUACCAUCAAAAUAAAUAGGACAUACUUUUUCAAGGGUUAUUCAGGAUGGUAUCAUGAAUGAGAAAUAUAUAGUUCUGUUUCAGAAAUGUAACAUUUCCCGUUCCCUGAAAUGCACUCUGCCAGUCUAUGCCCCACACUCAAUAUAUUUUCUGCUGCUGAUGGCACAGUGCCCCCCCCAUUGUUGCACUUGCUCAGAACUGGUGAUGGUUCAGUCAAAAGGACCCAGUUUUUUGGUCUUGUUCAUCAGUUUGCACAGGUGUAGCCUGUGCAUUUUGCACAAUGCUGCAGGUGUGAGAAAGAGGCCUCCUAACACUAGACAUUGCUUUCAGCUGCAACAAUUUGAACAGCGAUAUUAUGUAAGGCAAAGGACCCCUGGCGACUAUGGGGUGCGGCACUCAUCUCACUUUCAGGUUGAGGGAGCCGGUGUUUGUCCACAGACAGCUUUCCGGGUCAUGUGGCCAGCAUGACUAAACCGCUUCUGGUGCAAGGGAACACUGUGACGGAAACCAGAGCGCACGGAAACACCAUUUACCUUCCUGCCGCAGCAAUACCUAUUUAUCUACUUGCACUGGUGUGCUUUUGAACUGUUAGGUUGGCAGGAGCUGAGACAGAGCAAUGGGAGCUCACCGCGUCAUGCAGAUUCAAACCGCCAACCUUCUGUUUGGCAAGCCCAAGAGGCUCAGUGGUUUAGACCACAGCGCCACCCGCAUUAUGUACCAAUAUCGGUAAGAGUAGUACUAGGUGUUAUAACUGCAAGAAUAUUGGUUUAUGUUCUAAAACGUCACAUUAGGUCAUCUAGUUGGUGCCAGAGGCUUCACCACCACCACCAAAUUUCUCUGUUCCUUAUAUCACUAUAUAUUCCAGCUCAGACCUCCACUGCAAAAAUAUAUUCAGAAAUAGAUGCCCCUCCCACAGUUUGUCCCAUACAAAGUGACGUGGCAUCCCCAUAUUUGCCCCUAAGGCUUAAGACACAGUUGAAUAUACAAUCACAACUGUUAAAAAGCUUUUUCCAUUCCUUGCUGCAGUGUUUCCAUCUAAUUGCUACGUGACCUUGCAUCUGCCGACAGCAUCGCCUGAGAAAUUUAGAACCCGAACUAUGAAGAACUCUGAUAAACCAGUCUGGAAUGAGACAUUCUAUUUUAGAAUCCAAACUGAGAUCAAGGUAAGGUAAGCUAUUCAACAUGCCACCACUUGUUUGGAAAACCUGCUGGGCAGAUAAAGACAUAAAACAUAAUUGCAAUAAGAUAAAAUAAAUGGCUUUUCCAAACAAGUCUGAUUUAGGAACGUUCAGGAAAAAUGAAAUUGUUGCCUCUAAUGCAGGGGUGCUUGUGUGACAAAAAUGCCUGUGUGCAGGUAGUUUUGUGCUUAGCUUGUGCUUAGGGCCAAGCAAGGUACCGUAAAUCACAUUUCACAUGCAGGGCUUAAAAGUACUAUUAUCAUCGGCUGAGGGCAGGCCUGAUAAUUAAUGGGAUCCGAGCAGGAAUGGUGGUCAAGUGGUGCCCAUGUGCUCUACUUUACAGAGGACUAUUUUGAAGGGGUCCUUUCUUUUAAGGAAGAAAAAGAUAAAGGACACUAAGAAAAGGGAGCAUUAGGGGCCUUGAAGUUGCAAACACCUGGGGAGCAGACUAAGUAGCCACACAGCUCACCUGCUCUCAAGUCUUUCACACUAGGGUAGCAUGUACUGUUUUUUAAAUUUAAAUUAUAGUAAUUAUAUAUAAAUUUGCAACUAUACAUAUGAAUUGCCACAUGCAAAAAUUAUGGAAGUCAGUGUCCUCUUUUGCCUUUUUUUUUUGGUGGUAUUAUUAUUAUUUAUUGAAUUUAUAUACCACCCUAUACCUGGAGGUCUCAGGGUGGUUCACAGAAUAAAAUCAAAAUAUAAAACCCCAAAGUAAAUAAUCAAAACAACAACAACAACCCAAUACCCCCCACAAAUCAACCAAAGGCCUGGUUAAAAAGGAACAUUUUUGCCUGACGUCUAAAGGUGUAUAAUGAAGGUGCCGGGCAAAUUUUCCUGGGGAGAGCAUUCCACAGAUGGGGAGCCACGGCAGAGAAGGCCCUUUCUUGUGUUGGACCUCUUGAGGAAAAGGCACAUGAAGAUGAUCUCAGGGUCUUGGUAGGUUUAUAUGGAAAGAGGCUGUUCUUGAGGUAUUGCGGUCCUGAGCCGUUUAAGGCUUUAUAGGUCAAAACCAGCACUUUGAAUUGGGCCCAGAAACUAAUCAGUAGCCAGUGCGAUCGGACCAGGAUCAGUGUAAUAUGCUCAAACUGUCUUGCUCCAGUGAGCAGCCUGGCCGCUGAAUUCUGCACUAGCUGAAGUUUCUGAACCAUCUUCAGAGGCAGCUCUACGUAUAAUACAUUGCAGUAAUCUAACCUUGAGGUUACCAGAGCAUAGACAGCAGUAGUUAGGCUUUCCCUUCCAGAUAGAGGCAUAGCUGGGCCACCAGCCGAAGCUGAUAGAAGGCACUCUGGGUCACUGAGGCCACCUGAGCCUCGAGCAACAGCAAAGGAUCCAGGAAUAUCCCCAAGCUACAAGCCUGCUCCUUCAGAGGAAGUGUAACCACAUCAAGAGCAGGCAAUCUCCCACUCAUCUGGUCUAGGGAACUAACAAUGUCUCAGUCUUAUCUAUAUUGAGUACAUUUUGGACAAUGCAUAAGUGGCCACCCUAAAUGGAGGAAGGGGGGAUUAAACUGCCCCCCCCCCGGGAGUAUUAGCUUUCCUGAAACAAAACUAAAUCCGCCCUCCCUAGUCAUUAGACACUUUGGUCUCAAGUGUCAUAAGAAUGCCCUCAGCUGGUAUGUGCAAGUCAUAAUACAUACCAACUUGUAUUGAAUCUACCAACAGAGCAGUUUACUUCAACCCUCAUUUAAUGGGAAGGUGGAGAUUAGUUUUGUCAUCAUCAAAGAUGCUAAAUUCAUAGCACUCUCCCACCAGCUAAUCAUGCUGGUCCCAUAAUUACUUUCAAUUCAUAUGGAAGCUUUCCCACUAAAGCUAACCUCCAGGCUUGCCUAUACCUGUAAUCCAACCCUUUAAAUCCUCCCAGAAUCUGGUAACAGUUAGGUGUGGCAGCCUUUUGUACACAUUCAGAGAUUCUGCAGUGGAUACGCUUCUUCUGUCUCUCAGAAGAUCUGUUGCUCAGUGGUGGAGCAUCUCCCUUUCAUGCUCAGUGACCCAGGUUGAGUCUCCAGCAUCGGCCCGUAGAACAAGGAAAGACUCCCUGGCUGGAACCCUGCUGAGCCGCUGCCAGUCAGUGUAGCUGGCGCAGGGAUAGAUGGCCCAGUGUUCUGAUUCAAUAUAAGGUGGCUUCCUGUGUUCCUGUGAAUCAGUAGAUCUCCCCCUUUUUUUCUCCAUGCAGCAGGAUCCAUCUUGCUUUGUGUGUGUGGAGCAGUUCUCCAACAUAUUCACCAGCCACUUUGCCUGCGGCAAAAGAAUAGCUAUGUCAGGUGAUUCUGUGUUUGGCAUUGCGUGGACAGGCGGAGUCCCCAGAUCCCGAGCAGUCCCCCCCGUCAUGUGGAAUAACGACUCAAGACAACGUGCUAUGGGAUUAAAUUGGUCACAACUUUAUUAAAUUCAAAUGUGGGUAGACCUUGGCUCAGGCAUUGGGCGUUCUCCCUCCCCAGUCCCCAGCUGGGGACCUAGGGAGCAUCAGGGUUAUCCAGUGUUUGUGUGGGGGAUGGGCCGGCUCUGGAGAACAUAUGUUCAAGCAGAGAUAGCCGCCCCCGUUACGCCGCCGCUGCCACCGCAGGGGAGAGCAAUGACGACCUUUCGGCGUACGGUCAAAGCCUCCCUUCAGAAACCCCUUUAACUGGGAACCCUGGUAUUGCCGCUGCAAAGAGGAAGAUGGACAAAAGGAUUCCGCCCAAGGCCUGAUACCGCCAAAGUUGUGACGUUUUGCUACGGGAAAGGCGAAACCUGCCAAUGCAGGGGAAUUCCUUUCCGGCCCUUUGACAGCGACCUUAACGUAGCAGCGCCCGCAUACCUGUGAAGAAAAGUUAACCUGCAAAACCUAUGAAGAAAAGUUAACCUGCAAAAUAAUGCAUUAAUUGAGGGUGGGUAGGGUGGGAGAAGCUCUGGAGCCAAGUGAGGAUUCCCAGGUAAGAUCCUCCCUCUAUUGUGUGGGCAGGUAAUCCCUCCCCUACCUGGCCUGAUCUCCUUGGCAACACUUCCCCCAGGUGGGAUUGGACAGCUGACUGGGGUAGGCGGAGACCUCCAGGUAUCCCACCUGAGGGAAGGCGAAGCCAAGCCUAUGCUGAUGGAGCCACUCCAGAUCCAGGGGCUGCGCGCGUCCACGCAAAGGUCACCCCCCGUUUUAUGCAGGGAGCGGUCAUUCUGCAGAGUCAAGGCUUGCUAUAUGCUUAUGGUACGUUGCGUUUUAGAGUGUCAGAAUGGCACUGCUGCAGAAAAUGAGACAAGGGGUAGAGUUUAUACCUUUUAGUUGGAAGUGGAUGGUUUGUGUGUGUGUGUGUGUGUGUGUGUGUGUGUAUGUGUGUGUCUGAUAUGCAAUACAGGGGGGAAAUGCUCAUGUUGGAGAUAUUGUUUUACCUUUGAUGUUUAGCUUAGACCACGCAUGCACAUACCUUUCUAAAGCCAAUAUUGGUAUUCCAGCAGUCCAAAUUCAGUUUGGUGUAUAGUGAAACUUCUGCUGCAUGGGGCUUCCUUUUAAAAAGGGCUUGGAAACUUCAGUUGCUGCUGCUGGUUUUGACUGCAGCCAGUUUUUCAGAUUACAGUGGUACCUCGGGUUACAGACGCUUCAGGUUACAGACUCCGCUAACCCAGAAAUAGUACCUCAGGUUAAGAACUUUGCUUCAGGAUGAGAACAGAAAUCGCAUAGCUGCGGCACAGCAGCAGCGGGAGGCCCCAUUAGCUAAAGUGGUGCUUCAGGUUAAGAACAGUUUCAGGUUAAGAACGGACCUCCGGAACGAAUUAAGUUAUUAACCUGAGAUAUCACUGUAAUGCUGUUCCAGUAGCUCCCUGUCUGUGUCCAAGACCAAAUCAAAGCCCUGAUUACUUAUGCUUUUUGAAGUCUUAUAUGGUUUGGGGCCAGGAAUUCACCACCUCCUGUGAUGCUACCUGAUCUCUCAGGCCUUUGAUGCAGGCAGGCUCUUCUCAGGGUUCCACAACCAGCAGAGUCUGAUUGGUGAGCAUAUGAAAUAGCUCAUUGACCUGGUGUUUUCCAGGUAUUUUUGACCCCAACUCCUUUCAGCCCCAGCAAGCACAGCCAUAUAAUGUUCAAGCUGAUGGGAGGUGUAGUCCAAAACAUUUGGAGAGUACCAGGUUUGGCUUUCCUGCCGAGACUGUGCAGCUCUCUAGCAUGGGGAAUGAAUUUUCUGACUUCCCUAAUGGCGUUUAGAUUUCCAAUGAAAACUGGUGUUCUGUAUAUCUUUGGCAUUAAUGAUGAUUGAAUUUCUCCCUCCUUUUUAAUGCUGGUUCUGUUCUUAUUGUUAUAUCUACACUUGUAUUUCUUACCGAAUUCAGAUUAUUAUUAUUUUAAUUUUUGUUUUUUAAACAACAUACUAGCUGCCUUAGUGGUCCCUAAAUAUGUAAAUAUAUGACAUACAUAAGUACUUUCAGAUGUUGCUUGAUGUAUGGAUGUUGGGGGGCAGGGUCGCCAUGUGUGAUUUGGGAUGGAAGGGUGCAUCCAUUUUGGUUCUCUCACUUUGGAAAAAUGAUAAUCUUAAAUUCAGUUUACCACAUUUUGCAGCAAUUUGCAAACUUUCUUUAAAAAAAAUGCUCAUGAAAAUUCACCAGCAUUUUAGUGCCAAUUUCUUCCAUUAAACACAGCUAUAUAUGCUGCUUUUACUAAUGUACAUAUUUUUUGCAUGCAAUUUCCUCUAAUAUAAUGCAUUCUUGUCCGUUAUCUUCACCAGAUAUUCAUUUUCAUGCACACUUCCCCCUAAUAUAUGCAUUUUUGCAAACAUUGGUUGGUUGGCAAACUGUAUGGUAAAAUUCAGGUGAGUGCAAAUUUCAAAGGAUCAUAGAAUCAUAGAAUCAUAGAGUUGGAAGAGACCACAAGGGCCAUCGAGUCCAACCCCCUGCCAAGCAGGAAACACCAUCAGAGCACUCCUGACAUAUGGUUGUCAAGCCUCUGCUUAAAGACCUCCAAAGAAGGAGACUCCACCACACUCCUUGGCAGCAAAUUCCACUGUCGAACAGCUCUUACUGUCAGGAAAUUCUUCCUAAUGUUUAGGUGGAAUCUUCUUUCUUGUAGUUUGGAUCCAUUGCUCCGUGUCCGCUUCUCUGGAGCAGCAGAAAACAACCUUUCUCCCUCCUCUAUGUGACAUCCUUUUAUAUAUUUGAACAUGGCUAUCAUAUCACCCCUUAACCUCCUCUUCUCCAGGCUAAACAUGCCCAGCUCCCUUAGCCGUUCCUCAUAAGGCAUCGUUUCCAGGCCUUUGACCAUUUUGGUUGCCCUCCUCUGGACACGUUCCAGUUUGUCAGUGUCCUUCUUGAACUGUGGUGCCCAGAACUGGACACAGUACUCCAGGUGAGGUCUGACCAGAGCAGAAUACAGUGGCACUAUUACUUCCCUUGAUCUAGAUGCUAUACUCCUAUUGAUGCAGCCCAGAAUUGCAUUGGCUUUUUAGCUGCCGCGUCACACUGUUGGCUCAUGUCAAGUUUGUGGUCAACCAAGACUCCUAGAUCCUUUUCACACGUACUGCUCUCAAGCCAGGUGUCCCCAUCUUGUAUUUGUGCCUCUCAUUUUUUUGCCCAAGUGCAAUACUUUACAUUUCUCCUGUUAAAAUUCAUCUUGUUUGUUUUGGCCCAGUUCUCUAAUCUGUCAAGGUCGUUUUGAAGUGUGAUCCUGUCCUCUGGGGUGUUAGCCACCCCUCCCAAUUUGGUGUCAUCUGCAAAUUUGAUCAGGAUGCCCUUGAGUCCAUCAUCCAAGUCGUUGAUAAAGAUGUUGAAUAAGACCGGGCCCAAGACAGAACCCUGUGGCACCCCACUAGUCACUCUUCUCCAGGAUGAAGAAGAACCAUUGAUGAGCACCCUUUGGGUUCGGUCAGUCAGCCAGUUACAAAUCCACUGAGUGGUAGCAUAGUCAAGACCACAUUUUACCAGCUUCUUUACAAGAAUAUCAUGAGGCACCUUGUCAAAUGCCUUGCUGAAAUCAAGGUAGGCUACAUCCACUGCGUUCCCUUCAUCCACCAGGCUUGUAAUUCUGUCAAAAAACGAGAUCAGGUUAGUCUGACAUGACUUAUUUUUCAGAAAUCCAUGCUGACUAUUGGUGAUCACAGCAUUCCUUUCUAGGUGCUCACAGACUGUUUGCUUAAUGAUCUGCUCCAGAAUUUUCCCUGGUAUUGAUGUCAGACUGACUGGGCGGUAAUUAUUUGGGUCCUCUCUUUUCCCCUUUUUGAAAAUAGGGACAACAUUUGCCCUCCUCCAGUCUGCCGGGACUUCGCCUGUUCUCCAAGAAUUCUCAAAGAUGACUGCCAGUGGUUCUGAGAUCACAUCUGCCAGUUCUUUUAAUACUCUUGGAUGCAGUUCAUCUGGCCCUGGAGACUUGAAUACAUCUAAACUAGCCAAGUAUUCUUGUACUAUCUCCUUAGUUAUUCUGGGCUGUGUUUCCUUUGCUGAAUCAUUUGCUCCAAAUUCUUCAGGUCGGGCAUUGUUUUCUUUAUCGGAGAAGACUGAGGCAAAGAAGGCAUUGAGGAGUUCAGCUCUUUCUGUGUCCCCUGUUUGCAUUUCACCAUCUUCUCCUCUGAGUGACCCCACUGUUUCUUUGUUCUUCCUUUUGCUACGGACAUACCCAUAAAAGCCUUUUUGUUGCUUUUAACCUCUCUAGCAAGCCUGAGUUCAUUCUGUGCUUUAGCUUUUCUGACUUUGUGUCUACACGUGCUGGCUAUUUGUUUGAAUUCCUCUUUGGUGGUUUCCCCCCUUUUCCAUUUUUUGUACACAUCCUUUUUAAUCUUAACUCAGUUAAAAGUUCUUUAGAUAGCCACCCUGGCUUCUUUAGGCACCUUCCAUGUUUCCGUCUCAUUGGUAUUGCCUGACGUUGUGCUUUUAGUAUCUCCCUCUUAACAAACUCCCAGCCAUCAUGAACUCCCUUUCCUUUUAGUAUUACUGUCCAUGGGAUCUCACCCAGCACUUCCCUAAGUUUUAUGAAGUCAGCUUUCUUAAAGUCAAGAAAUUGAGUCCUAGUAUGCUUGGCUGCUCCUUUCCGCUGUAUAGUAAACUUCAGAAGAGCAUGAUCACUCGCGCCUAAUGAUCCUUCCACUUCUACCCCACUAACCAGGUCAUCAACAUUGGUUAGGACCAGAUCUAAAAUGGCUGUUCCUCUUGUUGCUUCUCCCACUUUCUGGACAAUGAAGUUGUCUGCAAGGCCAGUGAGGAAUCUGUUUGACCUUAUGCUCUUGGCUGAGUUUGACAUCCAACAAAUAUCCGGGUAAUUGAAGUCCCCCAUUACUACUAUCUCCCUUCCUUUUGCAUGCUUGGCCAUCUGUUCCAGGAAGGCAUCAUCUAUGUCCUCCGUUUGGCUUGGGGAUCUAUAGUAAACUCCCACAGUGAGGUCACUGUUAUUCUUCUCUCCCUUAAUUUUGACCCAAAUGCUCUCACUUUGGCUUUGAGGUUCUAAAUCUUGGAUCUCUUCACAGGUAUACACAUCCCUGACAUAUAACGCCACUCCUCCUCCUUUCUUGUCUGGUCUGUUUCUCUGAAAUAGAUUGUAUCCCCCAUUAUUACAUUCCAAUCGUGGGACUUAUCCCACCAGGUUUCAGUGAUGCCUAUUAUGUCAUAUUUAGUUUGCUGUACCAAGAGCUCAAGCUCAUCUUGUUUAUUUCCCAUGCUUUGCGCAUUAGUGUACAGACAUUGAAGUCCAUUAAUCAUUCCCCGUGACUCUUAUUUAAGGAUUUUUCCUCCCACCACUAGGUCUGUGUGCUGUUUGCUCCAUUUGGUCUAUGACAUUUGGAUGAUCAUCUUCAUCAAUUGAUAGACUCCUACCUUCAGGAGCACUAUCUCCCUCCCCCACAUUAGUCAGUUUAAAGCCCUCCUGAUGAGGUUUCUGAGAUUUUUGGCAAAAACAUUUCUCCCAACCGUUGUGAGGUGCAGCCCAUCGCUUGCCAGAAGUCCAUCUUCAAGAAACUGCAGUCCGUGAUCUAAGAAUCCAAACCGUUCCUGUUUACACCAUUUGCGAAGCCAGCUGUUCACUUCCACUAUUUUCCCCUCUCUCCCUGGGCCACGUCGUUCAACUGGGAGGACAGAUGAGAUCACAAUUUGUGCAUUUAAUUGCUUCAAUUUCCUGCCCAGAGCCUCGUAGUCUCUUUUGAUCUUCUGGAGGCUAUUGCUUGCAGUGUCAUUGGUUCCCACAUGAACCAAGAGGAAGGGGUAUUUGUCAGUGGGUUUUAUGAUUCCUUGCAGUCGUUCAGUUACAUCUUGGAUCUUAGCCCUGGGAGACAGCACACUUCCCGAGACAUCUUGUCAGGCCCACAGAUCACUGCUUCUGUUCCCCUCAGUAGGGAAUCCCCUAUCACCACUACACGCCUCCUCUUAGGUUUGGCCGGGGUUCUUCCGUGAGCUGUCCGCUCCAAGGUCGCCUGCACAUUCCCUGAGGACUGACUUUGCUGCUCGUCUUCAUAUACCUGAUCGACUGUAAUGAGGAGAGAUCCUCAAAUGGAGUCUGCUCUUCGUCUUCCAUGCUAGGGAGAGGACCUCAAAGCGAUUGUGUAUUUCUAAACAAUCAGAGCGAACCCUGGGCCUCCUACUUCUUUGAGUCACGUUUCUCCAUAUAUCUGGCUCCUGUGUUGGUGAACUAGCGUCCUUCUCAGGGGAGUCCCCUGUCUCCUCCUUGGUGGAGACGGUGUGCUCUGUUGCUUCCAAGAAGAGCUCCAGCUCUCUAAUUCUUUGGAGCGUAGCUACACGUUCCUCCAGUUGCUGGACUUUGUCUUUUAAGAGGGCAAUCAACAUGCAAUUGCUGCAGGUAAAGCUGCCUGCAACCUUUGGCAAGAUGGCAAGCAUUGCGCAGGAACCGCAGGCGACUGCAGCUGUUCCCUCCCCCCUCCAUCUUGAGAACGUGUCGUUGGGGGUGGCUACAGUGGUCCUCCAUCAUAAAAAGCGUGAAGACAGGAAAAAAUAACUCCCCCCACAAAAAAACCCUAGGUCUUCCCCAACAAACGUUUGAGACUAGCUCCCCUAAAUCUAAAAGAUGGAUCAAACUGCGCGCGCCGCUAGGCGUGCGCCGCUGCCCUGCAAUCUCUAGUUGUGUUUGGGUUUGAAUAUUGUUUCGAAAUGUGCUAAUUUGGUAGAUUCUGUUUUAAAGGACACCUGAACUGAAUUUCUACUCUAUCCCUAUACAAUUCUAACCUUCCUUCUCUUCUGUUCCUAGAAUAUAUUACAGCUGGAGGUCUGUAGUACCAAUCUAACUGACAAAGAUGAUGUACUUUUUGUUAUCUUUUUUGAUUUGGAAAAAGUCCGGCCUGGCACAACAGCUCUUGAGCUAUUUUCCUUAAAACCAGAGGUGAGGACAGAAAGUUAAUGUAUUGUCUACACAUUUACGAAACUAACUAACUAACUAACAUGCAGAGAACUGAAAAACCAUGGAAUAGCUAGCAAGCAGAGCAGACAGGUGAGAAUGUCUUGGGUGUCCCAUGGCCCACUCCCAGGUCUUGGCUGACUGCUUGAGAAUCACUUCCUUAGAGAAUUACUUAACUGGGUUUUGUCCAAGUAAAAAUGGAAGUGAAUUUGGAGGUUCUUUCUCAGGCAGUUGCAGAAAUGUUGAGGGAACCCAAAAGACUUUAGGUAACACUAGCAAUAAUAAAUAAUAUGAUGUGGAUGUUCUUUUCCCUUGCUUCAGAACAGCUGUGCAGAGCUACUAAUUUCACUAGAGAGUGACACCUCAUCCCUUUCAUCUGCCCUGUUUUCCCAGUCUAAAUUCUUCCCCCACCUCCAAUGCCUGGAUUCCAGGUGUGCUUAGUUAGAUUUUGCCAGAUUGAAGGGUUUGGGAGUGCAGUGGCAAGUGUCAAUUAUGUCCUUAAUGACUGAAAUUACUGCACUGAGUAGAUAAAUGAGCAUUAGUAAUUGGUUUUUGUGUUAUCAGAAAGAAGAUUGUCCUCAUGCUUAUGAAUCUCUGGAAGUGGAAUUCAAGUUGGCAGAAACGUAAGUGGUUUGUUAGAUGCAAGAAAAGGAUUCUAAAAAUAGUAUAUUUUUGGAAAUUCCUACUUUUCUUUUGUUAUCUAGUGUGUUUCUGCUAAUCUCGUGGUUUUAAUAUGUCUCCACCACUAUUCCUUCUUUCUGUUUUGUCUAUAUUUGAAUCUUAAUAUUCUGGUUUUGUUUAUGCUGCCAUAUUUGGGUAGUAGUUCUAUAUUAUAUUGAGAAUAAUGAACUACCUUUCUUUCUUUAUCAUUCAUGACAAUACAUCAAAAAUAGGAAAGGUACAUCCUUGCAUUUUUGUGUAAUUGGUCACAUAUAGUGUCAAGAUACCACCUCUGAUGAACCAAUAUUCUCCUUUGCUAUAGCAGCAUCUUUAACCAAUAUGGCCUUUUCAGUACUCCACCUGAUUUGUGGAAUGCCUCUCCCCAUUGCUCUUUUUAUGUAUUGCAUUAAAUCGACUACUUUGAAUUUGCCCCAUAAAAAAAUAGAAUGCAAGUUACUAAAUAAAUAGCAAUUCUCCCCAACUUCUCCAUAUUAUAGUACAAGAGCACUUUGUGAUUUGCCUGACUAUUUCAUUUCUGGUUUGUAGGGUUGGAUUCCAGCAGCUAUGUGGUCAGACUUCCAUGUACAGUGGUACCUCAGUUUUUGAAUGUCUCCGUUGACGAACAUUUCGGUUUUUGAAUGCCAUAAACCCAGAAGUAAAUGCUUUGGUUUUCAAACACGCCUUGGAAGUUGAACAUGCCACACAGCUUCUGCUGAGUGCAAGAUCCUGAGGCCUAGCUGUUGGCUAUUGAGUUUUUGGUUUUCAGAUUAUGUUCGAAAAUGGAGGUACCGCUGUAUUAAGUACCUUGAAAACUACAGUGGUGCCUCGCAAGACGAAAUUAAUUCGUUCCGCGAGUUUUUUCGUCUAGCGAAUUUUUCGUCUUGCGAAGCACGGUUUCCCAUAGGAAUGCAUUGAAAUUCAAUUAAUGCGUUCCUAUGGUCAAAAAAAUGUCCAAUCAAAGCCAAAUUUGGUACAACAAUAGUUUAUUAACUGCUCUUUAAAGUCACACAUACUUUAAAGAGCAUAUCAAAAAUUGAAGGAACAAUAAAUUAAGUUUCUAAACAUGACAGGAAAACAUUUAAAAAUCAAAAAGGGUACAUUACAUUUUCUAAGACUCUGGGGACCACUCGAAGAAGGUUCCUCUUCCACUCUUUGCUUCUUGCUGAGGAACCUGUCCAUGGUCUGCUGCUUCAUCCGCCUUUUCAGCAGCUCCCUGAGAGGCAACAUGACCGCCGUAUCAAAAGUGUUCGCUUGGUCAUGUGCCACGUGCUUGUUCGGGUGGUGCCGCUCUGCAAAGCCUGCACCUCCUUCCACUUCUGGCAAAUGUCCCUCAGUUCUUUGGAGGACGGCCGUUCCUCAGUUGCUUCCUCCUCUUCCAGCGAGGCCUGCUCCUGCGCAACCUCUGACUGCAGUUCAACCAGCUCCUGGGUGGUCAGCUCGUGGUCGUGCUCCUCCACCAGCUCGCAGACGUCCUCCUCUGUGACCUCCAGGCCCAUGGUCCUCCCAAAGGCAACAAUGUCCUGCACCACUGUUGACUCUGGUGCAUCAGAGUCACUUGGUGCCACACAGUCCGGCCACAGGCUGCGCCAAGCGCAAUUCAAAUUUCUCUGGCUGAUCCUGCUCCAGGCCGUGGUGAUCAUCUUCAAGCAGGUGACGAUGUUGAAGUGGUCCUUCCAGAAUUCCCGCAGGGUGAUGGUGGUGUAAUCAGUCACCUCGAAGCAUCGCCUGAAAAGCUCCUUGGUGUAGAGUUUUUUGAAAUUGGCGAUGACCUGCUGAUCCAUCGGCUGGAGCAGUGGCGUGGUGUUAGGCGGCAGGAACAUGAUGUUGAUGAAGCUGAACUCCUCCAACAAGUCCACCUCAAGGCCUUUAGGAUGAGCAGGAGCAUUGUCCAUCAGAAGCAAAGCCUUCAGCGGCAGGUCGUUGUCCAGCAGGUACUGUUUGACAGCAGGUCCAAAAGCAAGAUUGACCCAGUCCACAAACAGCACACGUGUGACCCAAGCCUUGCUGUUGGAUCGCCACAUGACACUCAGCCGCUCCUUGUCGACCUUGUGUUUCUUGAAGGCCCGUGGGUUCUCCGAGUGGUACACCAGCAGGGGCUUGAUCUUCAGGUCGCCGCUUGCGUUGGCACAGAAGAGCAGGGUCAGACGGUCCUUCAUGGGCUUGUGGCCAGGCAACUUGGCCUCCUCCUGUGUGAGGAAAGUCCUUUUGGGCAUCCUCUUCCAAAACAGCCCGGUCUCGUCGCAGUUGAAGACCUACUGUGGAACGUAGCCCUCUGUCUUCACAGCCUCCAGGAACUCCAAGGCAAAGUCUUCAGCCGCAGGAACAUCAGAACUGGCAGCCUCUCCAUGCCUGACCACGCUGUGGAUUCCGGAUCUUGCCUUGAACCGGUCAAACCAGCCUCUGCUUGCCUUGAAGACUUCUGGCUCGCCUGAGGUUCCUGGCUGUUCCCGCAUGAGGUCUGCGUGCAAGGCCUUGGCCUUCUCACAAAUGACGGCCUCAGUCACUGUGUCCCCUGCACGCUGCUUCUCUUCUAACCAGAUGAGCAGCAACUUCUCGACCUCCUCCAGAACAGCUGGGCGGUUCUUCACGAUCCUGGUGACUCCCUUGGCUGCAUCAGUCACAAGGAUCUUCUCCCUCAUCUUCAGGAUGGUCCCGAUGGUCGAUGGGUUCCUGCCGUACUCCCUGACGAGGUCUGUCACACACAUUCCACCGUCGUGCUUCCAGAUGAUCUCCUUCUUCAUUUCCAGCGUCACCUUCUCCUUCUUCCUCUCGCCGGCCUCCGCAGCAGCAGCAGUCUUCUUGGGUCCCAUGGCAGCACAGCUCUUACCUUCGUAAACUCAGAAAAAAAAAAAAAUCAGCAAUUCAAACCCAGAACCAAGUCCUUGAAUUCCAAACACCCAACCCAAAAUCCAAAACCCCCCAAAAAAGUUUAACUUACGAAAUGGCUGCAAAUCACCAAAGUCUUCAAAAUCCUCAAAUGGCUGCAAAAGAAGUUUUGAGAAAGCUUUAAAAAUCACCAAAGUCUUCAAAAACCUCAACUGUUCCCCCAGCCCCUCCCCAACUGUUGCAAACCCCUCCCCAACUGUUGCAAACCCCUCCUCAACUGGUCCCCCAUCCACCCAGCACACAGAAAUUCAAAACCCAGAAAAUUUUUCAAAAAAAACCAACAUGGCCCAAUGGUCACAGAAAACCAUAAAAAUUCAAAAAAAAAAAAAAAAACAACCCCACACAAGCUCCCAGAUUCUUGCAAACCCCUCCCCAGCUGUUCCCCCAGCCACCCAGCACACAGAAAUUCAAAACCCAGAAAAUUUUUCAAAAAAACCCAACAUGGCCCAAUGGUCACAGAAAAUCAUAAAAAUGCAGAAAAAACCACACAAGCUCCCAGAUUCUUGCAAACCCCUCCCCAGCUGUUCCCCCAGCCACCCAGCACACAGAAAUUCAAAACCCAGAAUUUUUUUUCAAAAAACCCCAACAUGGCCCAAUGGUCACAGAAAACCAUAAAAAUUCAAAAAAAAAAACACAAAACACACACACACACACAAGCUCCCAGAUUCUUGCAAACCCCUCCCCAGCUGUUCCCCCAUCCACCCAGCACACAGAAAUUCAAAACCCAGAAUUUUUUUUUAAAAAAACCAACAUGGCCCAAUGGUCACAGAAAAUCAUAAAAAUGCAGAAAAAAACCACACAAGCUCCCAGAUUCUUGCAAACCUCUCCCCAACACCAAGUCCUUGAAUUCUAAACACCCCAACCCAAAAUCCAAAAACCCCAAAAAAAAGUUUUAAAAGUUUAACUUACCAAACAGCUGCAAAAGAAGUUUUGGAAAAGCUUCAAAAAUUCAGCAAACUCUUGAAAAAGCUCAAAAAGGCCACCACACCGCGUGCAAUGUGUUGCUCCUCAAAGUCAAGUUGCAACUGCACCUCUUCCAGCAAUGCACCCUGGGUUUUAACGGUUUUACGAAAAAGGAAACAAACUUGCAAGACGUUUUCGUCUUGCGAAGCAAGCCCAUAGGGAAAUUUGUCUUGCGAAGCAACUCGAAAACGAAAAAACCUUUCGUCUUGCGAGUUUUUCGUCUUGCGAGGUGUUCGUCUUGCGGGGCACCACUGUAUUGCUCUUUGUCAGUCAUUUCCAAAAUGUUACUUUAUUAAAUAUCAACGACUUUACCAGGCUUGGAUUUAAUCACCCUUUCCCCUCCUCUCUAUCUUCCAGUUCAGGACCUCUCGAGCAACUGAUUUCCAAUGGUGUUUUAGUGGUAAGAUUUCUUUGUAUUGAAAGUUAUCUUGAUUCAUAAUUAUUUAUUCCAUCUUGUUGGAGAUGCUAACUCUUUAGGAAAGAUGACACUCUUGGUAAUAUCUAAUUCCUUCAGGAUUAUGCAAGCAGUUGAGAGUACAUCUUUCCAUAAUAGUAAGCUGAUCUCUGAUUUUAAAAUAUUUAUAUGGCUUUUAUUGUGUGGUUUUAUGUAGAACUGUUGUAAACUGCUCUGAUACUUUUUAUAAGUAUUUUUAGCAGUAUAUAAAUAUUUUUAUUAAAGGGAUGGGUGGAUGAAUAAAUGAAGUCAUAUUCAGGGUAGACACAGUGAAGGCUCCUCCAGGUGACCUUUUUACUGAGCAUUCAUUGCGAUUUCCUUGCACAAGGCUUACAGAAAGAUUAGACUAUGCCUGGUCAUUAUUGAGCUCUUGUUUUGAUUUGUUUAUGUGGAGAUUAAAUGAUAAAGAGCAUUUGUCCUUAUUUGCUGCAUAGUGUUCAUAUGUCAAGAGGGAUGCGGCUGGCACUGCGGGUUAAACCAUAGAGCCUAGGACUUGCCGAUCAGAAGGUCGGUGGUUCGAAUCCCCGUGACGGGGUGAGCUCCCGUUGCUCGGUCCCUGCUCCUGCCAACCUAGCAGUUCGAAAGCAUGUCAAAGUGCAAGUAGAUAAAUAGGUACUGCUCCGGUGGGAAGGUAAACGGCGUUUCCAUGCACUGCUCUGGUUCGCCAGAAACAGCUUAGUCAUGCUGGCCACAUGACCCGGAAGCUGUACACCAGCUCCCUCGGCCAAUAAAGCGAGAUGAGCGCUGCAACCCCAGAGUCGGCCACGACUGGACCUAAUGGUCAGGGGUCCCUUUACCUUUACCCUUACGUUCAUAUGUCUCCCUGUUAAUCAUUUCCCCCCUGUCACUUUCCUAACCACAAAAAGCAUUUUCUUUUAAAAUAAAAAAGUGGAUUUGUCAUGCUAGGGCAAUAGAGUGCUUCAGCAUACAUUUCCAGCGUGUGUUGGAACCCCUCCUGGAAAAUACUGAAAGUCUAGGGGGGGACAAGCAGUGGGCAUAAAUUACUUGUCCAUUGAUUUCAGUGGAUCUUUUCUGAAUAUGACAAACACUGAAUAUCACCUUUUGGGAUUCUAUGAAGUGCUAGCAAAUAGAGAGAGAGAGAAAUUAGAGAAUGGCAAGAAUGGUGCAAUUAAAUAACUGGCAAUCAUAUUACUUAAACAAAUUGCUUGGAUGAAAUAAACAGAUGGCUUUGAUUGUAGAAAUACUUUGUAUUUUCCUCCAAGCAUUCAGGCAUCAACAUUAUUACUUUGUGCCCUUGUUUUCAUAGGCUCGUGAACUUUCCAUCUUGGAAGUAAAGGUGAAGAAAGAAGAGAAUGAGAAGCUUUUGAAAGGUUGGCCUCUCUCUCUUAGGCACGUAGCCAGCUAGUGUUUUACCCCUAAUAUAUGUUAUUAAAUAUAUAUUGUUUACUAGGGCUGCAACAUUUAAUUGACUGUAUUAUUUUUUUACUGAUGUUGAGAUUGUAAUUUUAAGUGAUGUAAACUGUAAGUUUAUUUAGAAGAUAAAUACGGCAGAAGGCAGAUGCUAUCUUAGAAGAGUAGUAGCUAUAAAUAUUCAACUACUUUAAAGUAUUUCUAAGUACUUAUAUUAAAAAACCUGCUGCCUAAUUGGCGACUGUCUAAUGACUGUUGCCUUUUAGUCAGUUAAAUAGCUUCUUAAUCCAUUAAUCACACUGAAGGGAAUUCCUCUUCUAAGACUGCAGCUGUGACUCAUUAAAUUUGCCAUAUGUAUGCUUUUCUCUUCAAAAUUAUUGUUUUAGAGAAAUAAUUUUCUCUAAAGAGAAAUAGCAAAAACACACACAAAAACCACCCCUAACUAGGUCAAGUUUAGAGAUGCAAUGAAUUGUCUCCUCAAUAUCCUCCUCUAUCUGCAAAUUUUGAUGUUGAAUGCUUGCCUCAUAUUUUCUGAAGGUUCAGAUAUCUGCAUAAAAGGUGGAACUAAAAUAUGGGUUUCUAAACUCAUGUUUCUUGAGGGGGAGGAUUUGUAAGAGAGAACUGACAAGAGGUGGAUGCUUAGUAAGCAAUUAUUUCCAGAGGGGUAGCCAUAUUAGUAUCUUACAAAAGAGAGAGAUUAUGAUACCCUAAAAACCAACAAAUGCAUUAUGGCAUCAUAAAUUGUAUAUAAUACAAUAGGAUGAUAAAUGUAUCAAGAUUUUCACUUCUCCAAAUUUUGCAGUGUGGUUCUCUACCCAUUUAAUAUGUAAAGAAAUGUAUAUGCGGGGGUGUAGUGUGAAUAAAAAUGCAUAUAUUCCUUGGAAUAACAUACAAAAUGCAUUUUAUUAGGGAAAAUUGCUCUUCAGAAAUGUGUAUAUUAGGCAAAAUUGCACAAAACACAUAUAUAUUAGGAGAAAUUUGCACUACUUCAUAGCUGAUUUGAAAUGCUAACAAAUCUGAAGUGCUAAAGUUGUGAGGUAAAAGUGAGAUUUUAAAUUUAAUAUUCAGAUCAUGAGUGGUGACUGUUACAUUUUUGGUGGAUUUUGAAUAUUUGCUUGAAUUUUAACCCAGGCCAAUUUAAUUUUCUUAAUAGGCAAAGUAUGAAGUUUAGCAGACCAAAAUAAAAUAAAAUAAAGAUAACCCGUUAUUUGUGGAUGUUACUCAUAUUGAGUAUGUAUAGUUUAUGUAUAAUGUAUCUGGAAUAUAGCAAGGCUUUUGAUGCAGCCUCACUAAGCUUAGAUGAAAUUUUCAUAAAAAUAUGCAGUUAGCUGCUCUCACACAUGCAAAGGAACAGUAAAAUAUACAUAGAGAGAGAGAGAGAGCGAGCGCUGCAGAUCAGGAUUGUAUAGAAAGACUCUCCUCCCUGGAAGAGAGGGGAGUGGUUGUGGGCGGGAGCCCGAGCACCGCCCCUAGCAGGGGGCAUUAGCCCCCUGCCUCCUCCUCUCACCUGGCUGGCGCCCGCGCCCCCUCGGCAGGCAUCCAACCAGGUGCCUUCGAGGGGGCGUGUUCAGCAGCCUUUUGCAGCGGUGCCAGGAUUGUAUAGAACUAUGCUAAACAGAGUUUAACUGGUUAAUUAAAAACUGUGAACAAAAAUGUGUAACUUAUGAUUAAAGUAUUAAUUUUUUUAGCCAAGAAAAAUGUUGUGCUUACCAUGCGAGAGUCUUAUGAAGGGACACAGAAGACGUCCGAAGAUGUAGAUUCCUUCUGCUUUCAUUGCAUAAAGAGCUGGGGGCCAGUGCUGAAAGCCAACAUUCAGGUAAAAGCCACUGUCCUUUAUCCUGUACCCACAGGUAGUAUUAGAAAAGUACAAGGAGGACUCAGCAAUUACAGGAGCAUAUGCCUGAGGCUAAAGAAUCCUGAAAUGUUGUGCAGUGGUACCUCCGGUUAUGAACUUAAUCCAUUCCAGCGGUCUGUUUGUAACCGGAAACCGCUCGUAACAUGAGGCACGCUUUCGCUAACGGCACCCCACCCCUUGCUGCUGCCACGUCACCCGUAUGCGACUUCCGCUCGCAUCCCAGGGCAAAGUUCGCAACAAGGGGCAUCUACUUCCGGGUUAGCGGAGCACAUAACCCGAAGGAUUUGUAAGGAGGGUGGUAUAUGUAACGAGGUUCUACUGUACUGAAAAUAAAUAUUUCUGCCAGCACAAGAAUUUCUACUCGUGCAAUGGAACAUUCCCUCCCUCUCCUCCCCACCAUGUGCCCCCUAAAUCUGUUUUGGGCGUCCCCCCAACCCUCUGGAGCAGAUUUUAGGUGUGUGUGUCAUGCAUGGGGGAUAGGAGAUGGGGGGGGGGAAGAGUUCCAUUGCCCUAGUAAUUAUUCUUGUGCUGGUGGUACAGUUGGAUACUAUCCAUAGUUCCUGAAAAUCCAAAAUGUAUUGAUGUUGAGAUCUCCAGACUUGUUGCAUGUCUAACUAGCAAACCUGUCCUAAUUAGCACAGUAGCCAAAGAAUGAUAAAGUGCUCUGCCUUGAUCUAGUAAUUCAACCCAUUAUGAAAGUCAAAUAGGAUAGUUAAAUCAAAUAAAUACAUUUGUAAUAGUUGUGUGCUAUAUUGAAAAGCACUUCAUCAUGAUCCAGCAAUGGUCUUAUUUUUGACUUUGUCAAAACCAUUGUUGAGGAUAUUUUAGUGAACAAUAAGAGGACAGUAUGAAGGGAAAUCCGGGACAAUGCCUCUGGUUCAAAGAGAUGGCUGCUCAGCUCUCUUUAGGCUGGAUGCUAACCCUAAGGUGGUCCCUGCAUUAACACAUAGCUUCCCUUCACUCAUUCUAAGGCCCAUUUUAUGGCUGAGAGGCAGGUUAAACAUAACGUGACAUGAAAUCAGUGACUGCUUCUUAACUGAGACCUUCAUUUUUCAAUGUAGUUUCUACGUCUUGUACCUUUGGGUAAAAACUAUACAGUAUGUUUUCCUUUCUUCCCCAGAGUAUUUCAUGUGAGGAGAAGAACGAUUCAGGCCACGCUUUAAUUCUGCCUUUGAAAUUGCUUCCAGUGGGACAACAAGUCAAAGUAACUCUACCUGUGCUAGAGGCAAGUGUUGCUUCUGUUUUAUAAGAGCUCUUCGAAACAACCUUUCUAUUCCUUUUUCAAUGUGUUUCCACAUCACUUUCCAAACUGUAAGAAGACAUCUUCAUUUUUUAAAAAAGGGUGAUAUGUUGCAGUAGGGUGACACUCUCAUUUAGACAAGGGCAGGGCAAAUGUCAGAGUGGUUGUAUCUACUUUUGCUCAUUUAGAAUUAAACAAUAAGCUGCCUUUGAGAACAUGCUGAGCCUAGGAGUUUGUUUUCAGUACCAGAAGUGGGUGGAACCAGGGGUGGCUUAGCUGAACGCUUUCCAUCCCUGUUUUCUGGCAGGUGGCAGCAUGUCUAUCUCCCUUUAGAUUAGGUGUCAGUAACCUUUUUCAGCCAUGGGCCGGUCCACCGUCCCUCAGACCAUGUGGUGGGCCGGACUAUAUUUUGGAAAAAAAUAUGAAUGAAUUCCUAUGCCUCACAAAUAACCCAGAGAUGCAUUUUAAAUAAAAGCACACAUUCUACUCAUGUAAAAGCACCAGGCAGGCCCCACAAAUAACCCAGAGAUGCAUUUUAAUUAAAAGGACACAUUCUACUCAUGUAAAAACACGCUGAUUCCCAGACCGUCCGCGGGCCGGAUUGAGAAGGCGAUUGGGCCACAUCUGGCCUCCAGGCCUUAGGUUGCCUACCCCUGCUCUAGAUAGAGAGUAGCAUAAUGGAAGUUUUAUUCUGGCUUCUAGACAUGACUGAUGAGAAGAAUUACUCCUAGUAGGAAGAGGGACUAAGGAGACUCAACUUCCUGAAUGGUAGGCAGAGCAGUGUAUUUUGGCCUGCGCUUUUCUAUGCAUCAGUCUGAUGACAGUAUUGAGACAGAAGAGUUAAGUUACAAAAAUGAAGUAAGAAACAAAAAAGAUUCCACAUUCCAGUGUUUUGACUCUUUGAAGACAGCCCUAGCAUGUGAGUUUAUUGGCUUCACAUUCCUGCCAAAACAAUCUCAAGAAAGACCAGCAAUGCAGAAAAUCAUUUUCUGUGGUUGGUAUUGGACUUCAAGAAUAGGAAAAAAGGGCUGCUACAUAAGUUUGCAUUCCCCGCCCCACCCCCAAGGAAGUCGCUGCCAUGUAGUUUCAAGAAAACACAGAAUCCAGAGCAAAGAAGAAUCUGUCCAUUUCAGUUUCUCAUUUUUCCAAUCUUAAAUUCAGUUCUCCACAUUCCUGUAGCAUGAAAAUUGAUCAGCUACGUAGUGCAAUUUUCUCUUUUAAGAAACACAAUUUUGUAUGUCAUUUUGACCUAUGCACACUUUUUUGCAAGCAUAUCUCUUUACUGAUAUUUGUAUGCUACAUUUGCAAAUGUGUGCAUACUUUCCCCUAAAACAUGCAUUAUUUUGUAUUGGUUCUUGUAUUGGUCUGGGAAGUGUAAACUAGGUAGUUUCUCAUUAAAAUGCGAACAAACUUUGAUUUCUCUCCCAUCUUUAAUUGUUUUUAUAAUUGCUUUCAUAAACAGACAUAGGGCAAUUGCAGCUCCUUAGCACAGAUAGCUGCAGUGAUUCAUUUGUGAUUCAUUUUUUAUUUAAUUUUGCAAUUACAGGAUCAGAUUUAAGGUACUCCUUUUGACCUUUAAAGCCCUUCACGGUCUAGGACCCUCGUACCUACGGGACCGCCUCUCCCGGUAUGCCCCACGGAGAGCCUCAAGGUCCAUAAAUAACAACACCCUAGUGGUCCCGGGCCCUAAGGAAGUUAGAUUGGCUUCAACCAGAGCCAGGGCCUUUUCAACUCUGGCUCCGGCCUGGUGGAACGCUCUGCCUCACGAGACCAGGGCCCUGCAGGAUCUGAUUUCUUUCCGCAGGGCCUGUAAGACAGAGUUGUUCCUCCUGGCCUUUGGCUUGGAGCCAAUUUGAUUCCCUCCCUCUUUCUUUUUUCUUUUCCUUCUCCUCCUGCGAUGAGGCUACAUUUUAAUAUUUUAAUGUUUCAGUAUUUUAAUGGUGUAUUUUUAAUUUUGUUUUUAAGUUGUAAUCAUUUAACUUGUUUUUAUUAUUGCUUGUAAGCCGCUCUGAGCCCGGCCUUGGCUGGGGAGGGCGGGGUAUAAAUAAAAAUUAUUAUUAUUAUUAUUAUCUGUUAUCAUGCAUGAUCAGGGCUUUUCCAUUUUAUUUGUCAGGUUGUGUUCUUUUCCUACAUAUAUUGUUUCAUUUCAGGGUGGAGCUUUGGAGUUGUACCUCAAGGUAAUUGACUGGUAAGAUACUUGCUUUUUCUCCAAAGUGCUCUGUCCUGGCUACCUUGAGGACAUGAGGAAGGGACGGGAGGCAGUUUGCUUCUUUAAUAAGCAGGUGUCUCUACAAUUGUAGAACUGCUGUGGUUCAGCUAAUGGCAUGUCAUGCCAUGUCAUGUGAACUUGCUUGGGUUGAUGUGGCAUUUCUUAAUUGCACUGCAUCAUUUGAGUGUGAUGUGCAUUUGCAUCUUCCCAGUUGUUCCUUGUAUUAAAGCCGAUUCCUUGCAUUUGCAUGCUGAAUAUCUCUCCCAUCUUGCCACAAAACGAUAUUUGCUCAGGAGCACCAAUAUUUCUGAUUUUUAUUUUAAAAACUAAACAGAGGUAAAGCUCUUAAAAGAAAGAGAAAGCACUACUUCUUUGUUGUUGCCAUUUUUAAAAUGGAGUAUGUCCCACGGGAGUCCUUGUAGGGAAUCUUCCCUCUGCCCCCCCUUCCCUCUGCUAAUGCUGCCCCUGCUUCCUUGAGGGUGGCUGGUCUGCUUCCCAAGAAGUCCUCCUCUGUGUAAUGAUGUAUGUGGUUGUAUUUUAGUUUACAUUAUGGUGGUGUUUGGGUGAAUUUGCGCAAGAAGAUAAAAAUAAACAAAGCCCCACUUUUGUACCUCACAGUUAAUUGCUUUAUUAUAAAGUUCAUAAGACUUGCUUCUCCCCACACUAUAUGUAGCUUUCUUUGUUGAAACAGGGAGAAGUGCAGACCCGUGUCUGUACAGGUAGACAACGGUUGUUAAUACAUCUGGUUUAGUACAGACAUAAAGAUUGAACAUGUUACAAUGAGUGCACAUGGGGCUGAGUGGGUGAGUGGGAUCACAUCUGCUGGCCUCAUUUCUGUCUGGGUUUCCAAUGUAACUUAUAGAGCACAGCUGGAUUUUAUAUUUUAUAUUUUUUAAAAAUGGGGCGUCAACCAUUAUAUACUCCCUUCUUCCCGGACAGCAGCCCUACAAAGCACCUAAUAGAACUUCAUUUGAAUGUCCGUGAAUUCCUCUCCUAUCUUCCCUUCAGUGACUAAGCACAGACUUCAUCAGCCAACCUUCUCCUCCCUCCUCCUCCCUCCCUCCUCCUCUUGCCCACUGCCAUUUUGUUUACCAAAAAGCCUAAUGAAGAGUUCUGGAGGACCUGAAAGCUUGCACAGUAUUUUGUAACAAACAUGUAUUGUUGACUCACUAAAAGUAUUCCCCUAAUUUGGACUUUGGAAUUAUAUUUAAAAUUAUGUAUAUCUAUGUAAUGUUCUGCCCGAUUUAUCAGUUCAUCUUUUUUUUAAACGAAUUAAACACUUCAGCCCUACGAAUAAUAUGUGAAAAGUAGGUGGAGUUCCCAUUUAAAAGUUAUAUUUAUACCUGAUGUGUGAAAAGAGGAGGCCACCAAGGCAACAUAGCAAUUCCAUAUAAAUAAUAACAUACCUUGAAUGGGAGUCUUGUUUUUCUGGUUCAGAAUUUGACUGAUGAGUCUUAGUUGUUGAUGGAAGCUUGUGUAAUUGCAGCUAUUGUAAAAAUGACCUGUCAUCUGCUCCACAGUGACAUGGCUCUGUAACUCUGUUCCAGUCCACAGAAUCUUGA